AGGCUGGCCUUGAACUCAGAAAUCUGCCUCAAAUUGAGUCUCUUAAGGUAACAUUUAUCAGCUCUUGUCUGUCCAUUAGCCUUUCUUUCUGCUCCACUGAGCACAGGACUGAGGUCGCACCCCGUGCCUAGCUGCACUGGCAUUCAGAGGAUAUAGGAGGCUUGUGAACUUCCAGCUUUUGUAAACUAUGAAGUGUGAACCAUCAAAGGAUCAGGACGCCAAUCUAAUGGAUUGCAAUCAGUCUUGAUUUAUAAAAGAAAAACAGAAUAGCAAACAAUAGAGUAUUGUUUGUGAAUCUUCAGUAUAAAAUGUGUGUCUUUUAGUGAGUUGUAGUAAAAUUAAAAUGAAUAAGCCAGCACUCUUUUGGUUUGGUUGUUUUGUCAGUUUUGUUUUGAUUUGGCAAGAUCAACUUUGCCUAGGGGAAAACUGAAACCUUGGGUAGCUAAAAAUUUAAUGUUUCUGUGAAUUGCCACAGGUCUCAAAGUCUGAGCUUCAAAGAAGGACGUGCCCACUGCAGAGUUAGUUCUAGGUUUCUGAGAAAACGGAGGAAGUUAAAAUCAACUACAAAAAUCCUGGGACUGUUGGCCAUGUGUCAGUAAGGCUAGCGGUCCCGAAGUAAGUCUAUUGUGGAAAUUAAGCUUCUAGGGCCUCACAUCUGAUACUGGAGCUCUUAUAUAUAUUCCCUGCUGUUGAGGAUCUGACUUGAGUGUGAAGAUUUAACAGUUUAACUGGCUGCUUCCCCAACAUUUUGUUGGGAAGAACAAAGAGCUUUGGGCCAAUGAGGUGCCACCAUUGGGUUUCCAUGGUGAUAAAAGAAACAAACCAUCCUGGGGCACAAGUCAGGCUCAGUCAAAGGACUAACUAGAGGGUGAAUUCCUCCUCAAGGGACUUUCAGGAGCCCCUGGACUAGCAAGACUGCCUGGUACCAUGGACCCCAAUCCUUUCAUCUACUGUACCUGCUGUGACUACUGCAAACUGGGACCAACAAAGCUAAUCAAGACCCCUUAUCCACUUCCAAAGACUCCCACAGGCCAGUUUUACCUCUACCAGUUUCAAAAGAAUGCAACUUGCUCCUGUCCCAACCAGGAAAAUCUAUUUGACAAGGCCCAGUCAGGAAAGAAUGAGAGCAGCAAAGCAUCUUCUGUGAGUAAAAAUGGGAAAAGGGACAGGGGGCCAAGAAUUUUCAAACUACCACAAAAGCACACAGUAGAUGGAGGAACCUCAGCUCUUCUGGGUUCACAGUUUCCAUUUGUCUUCCACCUUGUGACCCAGGAAGUGAUUCAAGUGUCACCUGGCUAUACACUCAUUCAAAAUCAAGAACAGAUUUCAGUCACCUUGGGAGAUGAGAUGUUCAACAGGAAAAAACACUUGGAAUCAGAUGUCUUAAGCAAAGUCAAAUAUUCCAGGACUGAUAUCAUUUCUGACCUUCAGGAGCAAAUUGCUGAAUUGAUGGCAAUAAUAGAACAGAUGAACAGAGACCAGCAGUCUGCCCUGAAACUGCUCUCCAAAGAGAUGGAUCUCUGCUGUUCCAACAUGAAGCAGAAGUUUGAAACCAAGAGCAGGGAACUCAAAGAGACUCACAGAGAGGAGCUCGAGAGGUUAGAGAACAACUACAAGGAGGCCCUGAAGGCAGAAAAGGCCUUGGCCGAAGAGAAACUAGGCACUAGCGACUUGGGAAUCCCAAGACGGUUUCAUCACCCCAGGGAGAGCUUGGGUGUGGAGCUGAAGAGUUCAUAUAAGAUGGGCAAGGAAUAUAAGUAUCUGAAGAGUAUAUUCCGUGUGUUUCAGAUUCUGACUGCACCGAAUCCUGCACACUUAGGCCACCCAGUCAUUAACUAUGGCCAUUGUAGUGGGGAUGAAUAUGAAGAGCUCCUAAGACAACAUGAUGAAGACAUCCUGCAAAUACAGGAGCUGAGAAAAUCCAAAGAGAUCUUGGAGGCUGAAUUGAGGGCACAAGCUACUGUUCUGGAGACCCUGAACACAAACCUUUACAAAUGCCAGAAAGAACUCGAGAGACAGAAAACUAUUGUGGCAAAUCUAGAGAAAUUGCUCCAGACAAAGCUUGCUGAAGCUGAAGAAAAGCAUAAGUACAACAUAAAGACCCCGACAGAAGAAAAUAACUGCCUCAGGCAGAAGAUGUUAACCACAACCACAAAUGAGGAAACUUCAGAAAUUUCAUCUGCCAAUUCCAACAUGUAUGAGUCUGACGUUCCUGAACACAACAGCAACAAAAAGCAAACAUUGUAGGUAACAAACUGCUCCUGGUGCUGAGCGACACUGCCCUGGGAAGCAGCUACGGACUCUUCUGGAGAGACACACGGGAAGGUUGAGCUCUUGAGUUGUUCUGUACUUUUGUCAUUUUCCACGAUUUGCUUUCUUCAGAUGUUUAGAAAUGUUUGAAUUCUUAUGCCAAUUAUAUUGUGGCUUUCCAUUGAGA